AACUGCUGGCCAUAUAAAUUGAAUGUAGAUGUUAUCUUAUCCCUGUCCUAUGCGUUCAUCAUCAUCAUCACUACUCUUGUUUGAAAGUGUGCAAGAAAGUCCUCAUUUAAGACCCAAACUUAUUACCCACAUCGUUACUCUCACAAAUCUCACGUAUACGUAACAGAUGGAGAAGAACCACUAAAUCAACACAAUCAAUCACAUUCGGAUGAACUCAACUCAAUUUAUUGAUUCUCCAUCACCACCCUGUCACACCACUAUAUAAACCCAGUUAUAAACCCCUAACACAGCACUCACAACACACAACAAUUCACCAUAACAACAUAAACAAUUCCAUAGCAGAAUCAAAGUUUCAAUGACUACUUCUCUUCAGGUUUGGGUUAUGUUUUUCCUUCUCCCCAUUCUAACAGCGCCAACAUUGUUGGUUGAUGCUGCAGGUAAAGGGGAGUGGAAAGUUCUGCAGAAAAGCAUAGGAAUAGUAGCAAUGCACAUGCAGCUUCUCCACAACGACCGUGUCGUGAUCUUUGACCGAACAGACUUCGGCCUCUCCAACCUCACCUUACCAGGCGGUCGGUGCCGCCGCAACGCGCAAGAAUUGGUGGUGAAAACCGACUGCACCGCGCACUCAGUGGAAUACGACGUGGCUGCCAAUAAGUUCCGCGCACUAUACGUCGAGACCGACGUGUGGUGCUCCUCCGGUUCGGUCACCCCUGAGGGGACCCUAGUCCAGACCGGCGGGUUCAACGACGGGGACCGGACGGUUCGGACGUACAGUCCGUGUGCUGAUGCUGAUUGUGACUGGAAGGAGACUGCCGGCGGGCUGGCUGAGAGGAGGUGGUAUGCCAGCAACCACCAGCUGCCGGACGGGCGGCAGAUAGUGGUCGGCGGGAGGAGGGCGUUUAGCUACGAGUUUAACCCGAAAGGCGAUACCGGUGCGUUCAAGUUGCCGUUUCUUGGUCAGACCAAUGAUCCUGGGCAGGAGAAUAACUUGUACCCGUUUGUUUUCCUGAAUGUGGAUGGGAAUCUCUUCAUCUUUGCCAACAACAGAGCUAUCUUGCUUGACUAUAAGAAGAAUGCAGUGGUGAAAACUUACCCAACAAUACCCGGUGGAGACCCAAGGAGUUACCCAAGCAGUGGUUCAGCAGUAUUGUUACCACUGAAGAAUCAAGAAGCAGAGGUUUUAAUUUGUGGCGGUGCUCCAAAAGGCUCAUAUCUACGCGCCAUAAAGAGCCAAUUUGUCAACGCGUUGAACACCUGUGCCCGGAUCCAAAUAACCGACCCGAAUCCAACAUGGGCCAUGGAAACCAUGCCCGGAGCCAGAGUCAUGGGCGACAUGGUCAUCCUCCCAAACGGUAACGUUUUGAUCAUCAACGGCGCAACUUCCGGCACCGCCGGGUGGGAAUCCGGGCGCGACCCGGCUUUUAGUCCGGUUCUCUACAAACCCGAUAGCCCAGCCGGGUCGAGAUUCGAGGUUCAGAACCCGUCCAAAACGCCGCGAAUGUACCACUCCACCGCCAUUUUGCUCCGCGACGGAAGAGUCCUCGUCGCCGGUAGCAACCCCCAUAUCGGUUACAGCUUCGGGAACGUGGUUUUCCCGACGGAAUUGAGCAUGGAAGCGUUUUCUCCUUCGUAUUUGGAAGCGGGUAACGCGAAUCUGCGUCCGAGAGUGACUGCCCCUGCUUCUCAGAGCAAGGUCAAGUACGGUCAGAAGGUGAAGGUGCGGUUUCAGGUGAAGGCGGCGUUGGAUGCUGUGUCGGUGACGAUGUUGGCGCCGCCGUUUACCACGCACUCUUUCUCCAUGAAUCAGAGGAUGUUGGUGCUGGGGACAGGGAAGGUGGGAAAUGUUGGAGCAGGAACGUAUGAAGUUGAGGUCACCAUGCCUGGUUCCUCUGUUCUUGCACCAGCUGGUUUUUAUCUACUGUUUGUGGUGCACAAAGAGAUUCCCAGCGAGGGUGUUUGGAUCCAGAUACAGUGAUUAAUUAUCCUCUGUUUAUGUCUGGUAAACUGAACAACAAGAUCACCAUAAAAUAUAUGGUUUAAGUUGUUGAUUAUAUUUAAUUAUUGUUUACCACUGGAGUGUGUGUGUAUCAAGUGGUACAGGAGAAAUAAAAAGGGAAAUGUGAAGUAUGUAUGAACAUUUCUGAGUGAAAGAAAUCAAGAAUCACUUAUUACUAUUGUUUAAUUUGAUUGGUAAAGUGAACAAAGCCAAUUGACUAUUGUUGGCAUUUUUUGUAGGAGAGAUGGUGGAUUGUAAUUAUUAUUGUUGGUGUUUGAAGUACUUCCAGUCUUCCUCAGCUCUCUAUUGUACUAUUUUCCAUAUGUUUUAGAUUCUUUGUUUGUCAUCAUGGUGCAGUUGUC